AUAAAAAAUAAAUCCAUUAUUUUUGCAUGGUUCAAGUGAAGAGACAAGACAGAAGAAAAGUUUAUGAAUACUUGUUAUUGGAAGGUGUUAUUGUGAUUAAGAAGGUAAAUGAUGAAUUUAUUGAUUAUAGGACAUGGCACUCCCAUUGCAUGCCGAAACAGGAGUCAAGAAUCUUGAAGUCUGGAUGCUCUUGAGAAGCUUAAGAGAUAAGAAAUUAGUGGAUUUAGUAUUCUCAUGGCAAUAUUACUAUUAUUAUCUCAAGGCAGAAGGAGUGAAAUAUGUAAGAGACAAGUUGGGUAUGUGUUUGAAUUUGACAUUUUCUUAGGUAUUGUAGAAGAUGUCAUUCCUGCAACAUUCAAAAAGGCUGAUAAGAAAUUUGAAGAUGACGCUCCAGAGACAAGACAAAGAGGUGGAAAGGGAGGAAGAUCAUUUGGCAGAGGAAACAGAGGAGCUCCUAGAAGAAAUGAAGAAACAGAAUAGCCAGCCUAAUGAAUAUAAUUACAUAAGUAUAUUACAUUACGCAUCUUAAUAAUUG